UAAAAAAUGGCAGCUUUUAUCAAGAAUUCUUACACAAUAAAACCCGAAAAACCAUCAAAGAGAACCAUCCACCAACUUUCGGAGUGGGAUCAAAUAGGAACCAUAACUCAUAUGCCCACAAUUUAUUUCUACAAACCAUCACCAAACUGGCUUUUGAAAUCCGAUGCCAUGAUCACUAUACUAAAAGAAUCACUAAGCCGUGUCCUAGUGCCGUUCUAUCCGCUUGCUGGGCGUUUACGCUCUAUCGGCAAUAGCCGCCUAGAGCUUGUUUGCAACGACAUGGGGGUCAAGUUACUUGAGGCAGAAUCAAAGUUUCAACUGAAGGAUUUUGGCGAUUUUUCGCCAUGUCCGGCAUUCGAAUACCUAAUUCCUUGCGUGGAUUACACUCUACCUUUCGAUGAAUUACCACUAAUGUUAGUACAGCUCACAAAGUUCCAAUGUGGCGGCGUCAGUGUUGGAUUGGCUAUAUCUCAUACAGUUGCUGAUGGGCAGGGUGCUCUUCAUUUCAUUUGUGAGUGGGCUCGCAUUGCCCGCGGGGAACGCUUAAAUAAAUCUCCAUAUCUUGAUCGAAACGUCUUUAAAAUUGACGAAUCGCCGGUUUUCGAUCAUAGAGAGUUUAGUCAUCCACCACUCUUGCUAGGGAAAUCAAAUAAUUACGAAGAAAGACAAAGGAAAACCACGACGGCCAUGCUUAAGCUAACCAAAGAGCAAAUUGAGAAACUGAAAAGAAACAGCAUCGUCAACGAUGGCGGCCGAUGCUAUACUAGAUAUGAAAUCUUGACCGGUCAUGUAUGGAGAUGUGCAUGUAAAGCAAGAGGACAUGAACCGGAACAACCAACAGCGAUGGGAAUCUGCGUUGAUUCACGUAAGAGGAUGCAACCGGAAUUACCUGAUGGGUAUUUCGGCAAUGCAACUUUUAAUGUAAUUGCAGUGAGCACCGCCGGUGAGAUUACAUCAAACCCAUUAGAGUUUGCCUCAGGCAAAAUCAGGGAGGCAAUACAAAAGGUAACAUCUGAGUAUGUAACAUCUGCUAUAACUUUCUUGAAGAAUCAAAAAGAUUUAACCAGGUUUCAAGAUUUUCAUACAUUAGGAGGUACUGUUGAAGGACCUUUUUAUGGAAACCCUAAUAUCGGAGUGGUCAGCUGGUUGAGAUUGCCAAUUUAUGGUCUUGAUUUUGGGUGGGGAAAAGAAAUUUAUAUGGGACCAGGAACUCAUUAUUUGGACGGGGGAUCAUUGCUUAUUCCUCAUCAUGAUGAAGAGGGAUCGUUAGUUCUCGCUAUAUGUUUGCGGGUAGCUCAUAUGGAUGCUUUUAAGAAGUACUUUUAUGAAGGUCUCGUUUGAGAUUCUUAACGAGGUUUACCAGAAAUUCAGGUGCCAGAAAAGUAUAA